AUCGUGCGACUUGUAAAGACUAUUUCGAAGCUGCUCAUCCGUAGCUUCAAGAAUGGACCAAAAAACGAGCACGGACAGCCUUGAAAUGCGUCUUCAGACGCUGGAGAACCGAAUAUAUGGCGAAAGAAAGAACAAACUUGGAAAACCUGUCAAGUGUGCAGAGUCUUUAGCCAGGAUUCAAGCAGGUUUGACCAACACGGCCAACAAGAGAGAAAGAGUAAAAAUCCUCCACAAGAAGAUUGAAGACCUGAUGAAGUAUCUGGAUCCACAAUUCACUGAUCACAUCACUGUUCCUGACGCAAUGAAACUGGAGUUCAUUCUUGCCGAGGAAGAAUUCUUAGUCUCCCAGGCUGCUUUGUUGGAGCAGGUCAACAGUCUGCAGCCACUGUUGGACAGCACUUAUAUCAGAGAUGUACCUGAACAUGCAACCAAGCUGCAGCGACUGUCGCAGAAUCACAUAAAACAGCAGGACCAAACUGAGACUCAGUCACAGGAAGUGAAGAAGCUGUUUGAAGAAUACAACAAAACGAUGCUCCUGAUGUCCAAGCAGUUCACCCAGUGGGACGAGACCCUGACGAAGUUGGAGGAGGCCAAAGGAAUCCGACCUGUGGAGUAGCUGCUCUGAACAAACUAAGAUAUAAUUGUUGAGGAAAACCACUUCGCUAUGGUUGGAGUUCUUGAUCAGACAUGUUACAACAAACGUCCCGUGCUUCUUCAGUGAGUCAAAAGAGAAAUGAUCAUAAAGCAUCAACAGCAUUUCAGCAACAGUUUCUUUGUCUAGAUUUAAUUAUUUGUUCCAUAAGAUUCAGUUAAAGACACACGCUACCCUUUAGAGCUCCUCAAAGAGUGAGCACAAUUGUCUUUAUUGUAAUUACAUAUUUAUAGCGCUCUUAGCUGAUUGUUGGGGUUAUUUAAAGACCACAAUGUUUACUGCUUAUUAACCCAGUGUUUAAAGUGUAUG